AUGGCGGCACUGCCUCUUCCAUCUGCACUGUUGCUGGUUACCCCUGAGCGUGCUCCCCAAACGCGCGGCGUCUUUCGCCCGCUUGACCUCACUUGCUUGUCGGAGAGCCUGGCGCCGUCCCCGCCACCGGGCUCGCCGCGGUGCUUGGCGCAGCGAUCACGGCUGCCAUCGCCACCUCGAUCGCCGCCGCGAUCGGUUGCUGCCUCGCCGCCGCUGCCGGGCUCGUCGACGUCGUCGAUCGACGACUCGGACUUGAGCCUGGAUGCCGAGUCGGACAAGGAGAACGCGCCCGACACCGUGGCUCGCCUGGUGGGUGCUGAUCUUCUCUACUGCACCAACAUUGCACACGAGCUGGCGCAGCUGGAAGAGGCAACGGCAGGGAGCGGGGAGCGUGUGACGAUGCCGACAGUGGCGUGCGGUUGCUCGCGGCAUGAUCAGUGGCUGGAGCCGGUGGCGCUGUCGGCAGCCGGAGCGGCGGCGAUGGCGAGGCUGGCGGCCGACAACCGCUGCGACAGCGGGUCCGGGCGGGCGCGGCCACGGCGGAAGCGGACAUGGGUCGAGAGCGUGUGGGGCGGGGGCUGGGAUGGGAUGCUGGCGAUGCCGUCCGAGUGGAUGGCGGGGGCGGGAGAAGGCUCGAUGGGCGAUGAGGCCGGCGGGGUGGCGCGGAUGGUCAGGCGCAGCGGCGGGAGCGGAAAGCGGGUGCGAUUGGGGGCGGGGAAGGUUCAUCCGUUCUCGGAGAAUGACUGCCUCUUUCUCUCACUCCUGCACACAGAGGAGGUGUACCGGUUUGUGGCUCGCGAGCAGCUGGUGGACGCGUACGCGCUGGCGCAGGUGGCGCUCUACUUUGAGGCGCUCGGUGAAGCGCGGCGGCGGCGGCAUGUGCGGCGGAUGUACGGAGCGCGGACGUUCUUUCACCUGCUCUGGCUCGCUUUUGCCAUGACCGACGACUUUGCCGACGGCCAGCAGGCGAUUGUGGUGGGCGCGGUGGCGCGGCACAAGUGGGUGCCCGGCAGCCAGCUGGUGCGAUCGGGUGCGCAGUUUGUGACGGCCUACGCGCGGCAUCGCAAGCGGUACCUGGACGCGGUGGCAGCGUUUCACAACGACUUUCUCGCGGUCUUCUUUGAGCUCGGCUGCCGCGGAUGGCUCUCUGUGGUGGCCAUCAAGGCCAAGGCCGCGGUCUUUGCCGGCCACGGCUUCUACUUUUCCACCAAGGCUCGACGGCCGCGGGUCAGAGGCCGCCAGCUGGCCGGUGGACCGGUUUGCUCAGGCUCGCGGGUGCUCGCUCGGCGGGCGCGUGACGACGACGACCCGCUGGAGAGCAUGUGCCAGCUCAACUCGACCCUUGGCUUUGGCGGCUCGCGGCGGCUGCUGGUCGGGUUUGGUGAGAGCGAGUGCUCGGUGACGGUCCGUGGGUGCCGGCCGGGCGAGUGCUAUGUGGCAGCCGAGGCGAGCGCGUCGUACGCGCCGCCGGAUCCGCAGGCGGCGGCGGGGCCUGCGUCGAUCUUUGCGUCGGUGGAGGGGGUCAAGGGCGCGGCGAUGGUGUGGAACUCGCGCGGGCUUCACUUUAAGCCGUCGGGCUCUGAGUUCUCGUUCAGCUACACCACGGUCUCGUGCGCCGAGUACUAUGGGCGGCGCGGCUACCUGCAUCCGCAAGACUGUAGCGCGGCGGUGGAGGCGCUUGGGCUUCUUGUGGCGGGCCUCCCGGUGGCAUGCGAUGAGCUGUUCUAAGGGCCGGCUUGCGAUGGCGAGUGCAUUGGGCACGGGUGGCUAGUUGCCGGACGAGUCGUCGUCGUCGUCGUCAUUGCCGGAGCCGGCGCCGUCGGUAAAGUUGGAAGGAAAGAGGCCUGUGGCGCCAUUGACGGUUCCCUCCCACCAGCCGCCAUCGUCCUUGGAGACGAUGGUGAUGACAUCGCCGGCCUCGAA